AUGCCGCGUUGCAACGUGCGACGGUCAUCUCUUCUGGUUUCCUUGAAUUCGCCACUUAACGGAGCACAACAUCAUUUCUUGGAAGCCUCGGUCUCGUUCUCCCACCUCGCGAAGUCGCGACCCGAAGUUGCGAAUUCUCGCGGCGUCGAUCCAUGGAUGUCGGCACAUGUUACCAGGAACAGGUCCUGUAUUUUUGACAUUCAGGCUGUUUACAGUAGUGGUGUGCCACGAGCUAGUUUAAUUCAAGCCCUGGAUUCUAUUAUUGCCAAGGACAGAUAUGGCUUCGCAUCGCGACCAAAAUAG